GCGAUAUGAAUCAGUUUUAACCGGCAUUUGUUCGUGGGAAGGUUGGUCGUCUUGUGUUCGUUUUACGUCGUAAAUUCUUACGUGCGAGUUUGAUUCGUAUAAGUAAAGUAAUACUGUUUCGUUCGGUUUUGUUAAUUCGAAUAUUUUCGCGUGUUUUUAUUAAAAUAAUUUCUGUUUUAUUUCGUUAAUAUUUUUUAUGUUUAUGAAUUAAAACAUUACUGGUUUUUAGAAUUGUUUUGUUGUGUGUGGUGCGUAAUCUGUGUUUUACCAGUUUGUGGAUUCAUGUGAAUACCAGUUUUUGUCCUAUAAGGUCCUAAGAAUAAGAAAACGUGAUAUUGCAUAGAUGAUGAAGUUUAUUGUUUGGAUCGCCAAUUGAAGAUAUUGAAGUUGAAUUUUCAUACUGUACGACAGACUCGAAGGCGUUUGGUGGCCACGGAUCGUCUUAAAAUACCUACCAAAACUUCGAGAAAUACGAUGCUGGUAGAGCGAUAAUUAGAGGAUGCUAUGAAUCGCCGAAAACCCUGGAGAAAAAAAUUCUGGAAACAUCUCGGAGCUUAAUAUGCUCAAACAUCGUAACUGGAUUCUACGGGCUAGCAUCUUUGUAAAUGCGGCUGUAAUAUUUUACUUUGCCACCUACUACACGAUCAGAAAUGGCGCCUUCGAUAUAUCGGAAGAUCUGCAGUUUGGAUCUGCGCGAAAUGCCGAAGUUAUUCAAUUGGGUAACGAGGUGACGAAUUUUUACGAAGUGUCCAGCAGCCAGAAGCUCGUAGCGCAAGUGAUUGGCUCGAAUGCGGCUAGCUCGUUGGGACAGCAACCUCCUUCGGUGAAUCCAAUAGUGCAAGGUACGACAACAAAUGCGCAAGGUCGUUCGGGCAGAGUGAGUACCACAUUCAAGUCGACAGACGCUUCGCUGGCAGAUGGGCAAGAUCGAGGCCAAGAUUUCGCCGGCAGUAGCGUCUCAACGCCGCAGAUAUCAGACGGAGGAGCGGGGCCUUCGUUGCGUGACGUGAUCCAGUGCCAUGACAAAAGUAACGAGUACACGAUCGCGCAAAAAGGCGACUUUUGGGUGUUGUACAACUACGUAGUGGCGAAUCGUACGUUCCUGUGUCACGAGAGUGUAACUUACACGACGCACGCCGAUUACACGUUUUUGGAUAAUUUGAAGCCUUUGAUCGAGCGCUGGCGUGGACCGAUAUCGUUGUCUUUGCACGCGCCGGGCACCGAUUUCGUCGCCACUUUGGCUAGUAUACGUUACCUGAGAAAAUGCAGCUCACCAUUGAUUUCGGAAUAUGUUACCUUUCACGUGUACUUCGAGGCGAAACAUCUACCGAAGACGAUUCCGCAGCCGGAUAAGGUGUUGGAAGACGAUAGCGUGAAUUGCGCCAGCUCGCCGCCAUGGUACAACGUUUCGUCUAGUUCGUUGUACAGAUCUCACAAAAAGUUACUUUAUCCGGUCAACGUGGGCAGAAAUAUCGCCAGAGAUACCGCCUUGACGCAUUAUAUUCUCGCUUCCGAUAUCGAACUGUAUCCUAGUCCGGGAAUUAUAUCGGAUUUUUUGGAAAUGAUAAGAAGACAAGAUCCGCCGCUGUUGCAUGAUAAACCCAAAGUCUUUCCGUUAUGUUUAUUCGAAGUAGAGUCGUUCGCCGUUCCGCCUACUACCAAGGAGGAAUUGGUUCGUAUGUUAGCGAAUGGCACAGCGAUACCAUUUCAUAAACACGUAUGUCCAGAUUGCCAUACCGUUCCCAAAGGUAAUGAAUGGAUUAAAGUUCCUGUUACCCCUGGACUCCAUGUGUUCCAUAUAGCGAAACGAAAAGGACGCUGGGAGCCGAUAUUUAUCGGUACAAAUAGAGAUCCGUACUAUGACGAAAGACUGAGCUGGGAAGGGCGAAGUGAUAAAAUGACACAGGGUUAUGCUUUGUGCGUUUUGGAUUACGAAUUCCAAAUUCUAGAUAAUGCUUUCCUAGUUCAUAGACCUGGUAUCAAGAAAUUCCGACCGGAUCGUGCCCGUGCCAUAAUAUCGAGUAAAACGCAAUCAAUUAUUAAACAUUUCAGUUAUCCUGAACUUAAAGUAUUCUAUGGUACACGUAAAGGAUGUAUCGUCUAACGAUGAACGAUUCCUGGACGAACUGAUUUUUCUAUUUCAUAAAAUAAUGAGACUGACAAGGGCUGACUUCAAGACACUUUGAAGAUUGAUUCCUGUAUAAUUAGCGAAGAAAAAUUACGAACCCCUGAUACUUUAAUUCGAAAAUAUGAACAGCCAUAAAUACUGUAUUUUUAAGAUAGAUGAUGUUUUAUUAUAAAAUUUAUACUUUGAAAAUGUCUCGAAUGUUUUCCAUUAUUACUUCGAAUACUUACCGGCUAUGUACAUUUCAAAGUGUAAUCAUUUUUUAUACUCUAUUUUUGUCUACGUGUAAUCAGGGUAAUCAACUUGUAUCGUGUAUUAAUCAGUUUAUUCACUUAAUUUUUUAUGUAAUAUUCUGAUAAAUCAUAAAAUCUGAUGAUUAAUCUUGUCAAGUUACCACCGUACUUUUUUUCUUUUUUUUUUCUUUUGUUGAAUCGCUAAUACCUAGAUAGAAUUUUUUUGUUUUGAUAAUUCAUUGUGUAGACUCUAUGCUAAUAUUUUGCCGUAUGCGAUUUUUGUGAUUUUUCUUAAGAUUUUUUAGGUUUAUUUUCUUCCACGUAUAAGUAUUAAAAUUAGUAUAUUUUUUUCUUUUUAGCAUUAUGCUGUGAUAACGUCGAUAUCUGCGUUUUGUUGGCUGUACUUUUGCUUGGUUUAUUCAUUUUUUUCUUCUUUUUAUCGAACAAAAAUAGCAGUAUUGGGAAAGCUGUGUGCUUGCUGAUUUCUUCAAAUAGGAGGUCUGAUUUGAGUUAGAAUUUUGGUGCUUCAUUUAUUGUUAUUUUGUAUUUUUAUACUGAUAUUUUUGUCUAUUUUUCAAAAGCCAACACUAUUUGGAUGCUUUUUAUUUUUUCUACGUUCGAUUCCGAGAUCGUAUUUCCUUUUUUUGAUUAAAUUAUUUUAAAAAUUGCUUCGAAGGAGCUAAAAAUUCUUCCAUUUUAAUGCGUCAAAUUAAUGUUGGCAAACUUUGAACAGUAAUUUUCAUUUUUAUUCAUUUUUUUUUUUUUUUGCUGCAGUGAUUUAAGUAAAUUAUUUACAUUAGUUUAGCCAACGAUUGGGAAUUGUUCGUGAAUUUAGGAUAUUUUUGAUUGGAAUCGACAUCUUUCUGAGUACCUGAUUCAUAUUGUUCAAAAAAAAAAAAAUGAAAAAUUUUGAAAAAUUAAAACUCUUUGAAUCGAUUAUCUCAAUACUUACUCGAAUUUUACUUAAUUUUAACUCAUUUUCGAUUUUUUUUAACGGAUAAUUUUUAUCAUCUCGAUUAUUGAAUAUAUCGACCAAUAAUUUGUACAUACAUUUCAAACCAUUUUUACUACUUGGUAAUUUCAUUGUACAGUGAUUUCGAUUUUAAGUUAUAUUUAUAUUGUUGUUUAAUUUUAAAUAAACGCGACCAGUUUUGAAAAACAUUACAAAUUUGGGUUUGGGAAAAAGGGUAAUUUUUUUGAAACUAGUCGCACCCUCUUUGAAGCUAGUUUUUCUGCAACUAGCUUCCAAGAUGAGAUUCGAAAGAAAAAAAGUUAUUUCUUUCUAUUUUUUUUUUUUAUUACGUUAUUCGUGUAUGUUUAUUAUUUAAUUGACCGGAUACGUUUGUCGUUUGGUGACAUUUCCGGAUAAUUUACGCCCAAUUGUUUGAAUAAUCAAAAGAGAUGCAAUUUUAUUAUAAGUUUUAGAGUGCCUUAGGUAAUUGAAAUUGUCUUAUAAGUAUUUGAUAUUUAUAGUCGAAUAUUUGUAUCGUUUUGAUUUUUUUCAACGCGGAAUUUUUACUCAUCUUUUUUUUGUGAAUAUUUAUUUGACGAUCGAUUUUACAUACGUUUACGAAGUUCUACUUAUUAUUGUUUAUAUUCGUUAUUUUUAAUGUAGUAGAUAAAUUUAUUAUGCUAAAGAUACGCAACGACGAGAAUAAAAAUCGUAAAAUA